GUAUAGCUGCCAUAACAACAUUAAUUACUCACGUUCACAAUUUGAUUAUCUAUUGAAUUGCGUGUUUUCUUUUAAUUAAUUUUUUUUGCAAAGUAUGAAGGACAGUAAUGAACAAUACAUAUAUUAUUGCGAUUUGUUAAAAUUGAUAUUUCUUUUACGCAAUUGUAUUUAGAUGAAUAUUAUAUCUAUAUGUGAUUGUAUUGCAAUGAAAUCACCGGUUGAAUGCUUUGUUUUUUUAGAUGAAAACUAUAUAUGUGUAUAAUUAAAGUGAUAUCGAUUUUUUUAAUUCGACAUGAGCACUCAGGGUCGUGGACCUGCAAAGAGGAAGGUGAAACCAGUUGAACCGCAAUCCUUACUUGAUUUCGAUCUUGGAGAAGGGGAGAGUUCUGAUGAUUCCGAUUUUCGUAUUGAAGAUCAUCCUGAGGAGAGCGACGACUAUUCUAUAAACUCCGAUGAUGACAAAAAAGGGAAUGCAAACAGUGAAUCGUCAGAUGAAGAAGACUCAAAUUCUGAUACUGAAAAUGAAUAUAAAAAUUCUAACAACAAAAUUGGUGAAGACAUCUCAGUUACUGAUAUACUUGAAACAGCUAAACAGAAAGAGUUUAAGUUUCCUGGUGAUCUAGCCAAUAUAUUAAUAUGUGCAGGCUGUUUGGGUUCAAGAAGUGAUGAUUUUAAUGAGAUUGUUGGUUGCGAUGGAUGUGGUGUCACUGUACAUGAAGGUUGUUAUGGUGUCUCUGAUGUGGCUAGUGAAUCCAGCACAGUCAGCUCUGCAUCAACAGAGCCAUGGUUUUGUGAGGCUUGCAAGGCUGGUGUUACAGAUCCCAGUUGUGAAUUAUGCCCCAAUAAAGGUGGAAUUUUUAAAGAAACUGAAGUAGGAGCAUGGGUGCAUUUAGUAUGUGCAUUGUAUGUACCAGGAGUAGCAUUUUCCGAGGUGGAACAUUUGUCAGGCGUGACAUUAUUUGAGAUGGCCUACUCCCGGUGGGGCGCUAGGUCCUGCGCCCUGUGUGAAGAUGCGACUCUAGCUCGAACUGGGGUGUGUGUUGGAUGUGAUGCUGGUCUUUGCAAGACAUUUUUCCAUGUCACUUGUGGUCAACGAGAGGGUUUGUUGGCAGAAGCACACACAGAGGAGGCAGAACAAGCAGACCCUUUCUAUGCUCACUGCAAGUUACAUUCUGAUAAGGCUUUAGUGAAAAAACGCAAGAGAAAUUGGUUGGCUUUACAACUGAGGACAGAAAAAAGGAAACAGGAACUCCAAAGUAAUAUCAGUACAGAGGAGAAUCAAAGAUUCCAACGCAAAUUAGUCAAAUGCAGAAGGAAGUACUUGCAACAGAAGGAAAAUAGGAAUCCUCCAUGGGUGCCAACUCAGAAAAUGGCUCGUAUGCUCUACAGUAGUGCGUCAGCAAUGAGGAAGUUCCAAUUGAAAGCUGAAUGUAUGGGUAUAGACACGCAUGCGCUCGAGUUUCAAGAUGCACAGAUGGCUGCCCUUAAGGAUGUGUCUCGCCGCUGGCACGUGCCACCAGCAUUCUCUGUAGAGUUUGUCGGUUACUAUUUGGAUAGAAAUUCUCGUGUUACAUCUUUACGCAAAUCACUUGAACGUCUUACUAAGGAGAACGAGACCUUGUUAGCUGAAGAUGAUAAAUUACGAACAGAGUAUGAUGAGGCAUCUAAAGAGAACACGGAAGCUUUGGUUGAGAUGUCUUCAACUCGACAAGCUCUCCAGAAGAUAUAUGAAGCAAUCCUAGCUGUGUGUCCCAAGAAGGUAACACCGCCCAUUUUAGAAGAUAAACCUUUGCUACCACCAGUAAUUGCUCGCUCAACUCCUAAAGUUACGCCUCAGCAACUCCAGAAGCGGGUGGGGGCUCCGGAUGUAGAUACUUCAUUCGGUCGUAUAAUGCAUAGUGGGUCGGCCACCAGGUCAAUGUCUGUGCCCACUGCGGCAGCACUUAAGAUGGGCGUUGGUUUUCCUCUUAGCGACAACCCGGACGCUCGCCAUGGAAAAGUACUGUCUACGUCACUUGAAGCAUCGGACGCGCUGGCGGCGCGAGAGUGCGCGGCGUGUGGCCGCAGUAGCGAGCGCCACCUGAUGGCCGCCUGUGACACCUGUCACCACCACUACCAUCUGCAUUGCUUGAAGCCGCCGUUGCAGCGUCCGCCCAAGAAGAGCAAGCUCUACGGAUGGCAAUGUUCUGAAUGUGACAAGACAUCUGAUUCCGAACCAGAGGUAUUAGAAAAGAAGGUGCCAAGAAGGUCACGUAUACGGUACAGUAAAGAUGGGGCCAUUAUUACAGAACCGGCGAGCCCCGGCUCCACACCUAAUUCGCCACCACCAAAACAAAAAUCUGAAAAACCUCAUCGUCUGAAGACUGAAAAGAUAAAGAUUGCGUCCUCAGAAAAUAUGUCUCCAAUAAAAGUAACCAUAAAGCCGUUCGAAUUCAGCAGCGAUGGCAAUGAAAGUUCAGAACUUAAAAAGAAGGAUAAAAAGAUAAAAAAAUCUAAACAGAAAGAGCAUACGUCUGGGUCAGCUGGGGAGGGUGAUAGUCCAUCUAAAAAGAUUAAGCGCAGUUUCACUUCGCCCACGUUGACGAACACCCCAUUAAUGUCAAUAACUCCUAUUGUGGCAGACAGUCCCAAUGAUUCACAUAAUGAGAAUUCGAAUGCCUCUACGAACAUUGCCCUUAAUAAACGAGAUGAAAGUUUUUUACCUCAAAAUAUAUCAUUCUCCUCUCUUUUAAACGAGUCGAAAGAAAGAGAUAGCAAAGCAAUCGAAAGUUCCAUAGAGAACACACUCGCAAAUCUUUCAUCGGAUAUUGCUACUUAUAAAGCAAAUAGAAAGCGCAGGAAAGAAAAACACCGCUCGAGGUAUUCGCCUGACUUUAUGCGGACUCCAUCAAAGUCACAUAAACAUAAGAGGAAAAAGAAGCUACAGGACAUGGAGAAUCCUAAUGAACCACCUCAUCCGAGAAUUACUAUUAAGAUCAAACCCAUCCCCAAACCCGAUGGUUCAUUGGAUACGCAAAUGUUUUACGUUCCGACUGAUAGUAAUGACGGACCUCCACCAGCGGUAAUGAAGAAACUUUCAAAGCAAGCAGAACAAGCGACGACUAAACCGAAUCUCUCGGGUGAUGUUCCGGCAGUCGUCGAAACAGAUAUUUCGCCACCUCUUCUCACUAAUCCAACGGAUAAAGCUAGUGAACCAAAUAUUACAAAACCGAAGCGUUCGCGGGUGAGGGGCGCGCGGGGCGCGGACAUAGCGGGAGCGGGAGCGGGCGCGGGAGCGGGCGCGGGCGCGGGCGCGGACGGCGCGGCGGGGGCUGGCCCUGCGGCUGCGCUUACGCCCAUGACGCACUGCGACGUCUGCACCGAGCCCGGCAAUACCACCAACCUCGUGCGAUGCGAUGAAUGUUUUAAGCGGUACCACUUCACCUGCUUAGAACCGCCGCUGAACAAGAAUCCGAAAAAGCGUGGUUACUCAUGGCAUUGUGCGGACUGUGAUCCCACAGACAACGAAGAAAAUAACUGAGAUGGCUACGCGUACACAAUGCUGAGCUGACAUAUUACAUAAUAUAUAAGGUUUGUGUCUGUUGUUAAUACUGUCUAACUUUGUGUCAUCUUAGUAUUCGUAACAUUCUCUUAUAGUGUUGUAUUACGUUAUAAUUCUCUUUGUCAAAUUUAUCUUUAAGAAUAAUUUCUGAUUACAAAAUCUAUUCAAUCAAUAUUAUAAAUUUAUUUUACGUAAUAAAUGUGCACAUAAAUUUA